CAACGACAUUUCUGGUGAGCGCUUCAAACUCACACGUUCCUUAUUAUAUACUCCAAACAAUAGUUUCAUAUCCUAAAGAGUUUUUGCUCUUUUUUCUCCAGUUUCUUUUAAAUCCAUAAAAAAUGCUUGACUACCUAUCUCUCGUUUUUGUAGUUGCGGUGAAAGUUUUUAAGAAAACUACACCAAAUGGAAAAGUUACGGUUUACCUGGGCAAGCGGGACUUCAUUGAUCACAUCGAUUACUGCGAUCCCGUAGAUGGAGUUGUGGUCGUUGAUACCGAGUACCUGAAAGGGCGAAAGGUUUACAGCCAGCUGGUGACGACUUACCGAUUCGGUAGGGAGGAAGAUGAGGUCAUGGGAGUCAAAUUCUCCAAGGAAAUGGUCAUCGGAAACGAACAAGUUGUCCCGAUGGUCAACUCGAAAAUGGAACUGACACCUGUCCAGGAGAAGCUGCUAAAAAAACUCGGCCCUAAUGCCUUCCCAUUCACUUUCACCUUCCCAGAGAUGUCGCCUAGCUCGGUAACUCUGCAACCAUCUGAAGAGGACCAGGGCAAACCCAUGGGUGUAGACUACUGCGUACGAACUUAUGUGGCUGAUAACGAAGACGACAAAGGCCACAAGAGGAGCUCCGUCACUCUUGCCAUCAAGAAGCUGCAACAUGCCCCAUCCACCCGUGGACGACGACUUCCUAGCUCUCUUGUUAGCAAGGGCUUUACCUUCAGCAACGGAAAGAUUAGCCUCGAAGUUACUUUGGACAAGGAAAUCUAUUACCAUGGCGAAAAAGUUGCUGCCAACAUCAUCGUAUCGAACAAUUCCAGGAAGUCGGUACGAAACAUCCGUUGCAUGGUAGUGCAACAUGUUGAGAUUACCAUGAUCAACUCUCAAUUCAGCCGCCAUGUUGCCUCUUUGGAAAGCCGCGAAGGAUGCCCAGUGACACCCGGAGCAAGCCUUUCCAAAACCUUCUACCUGGUGCCUCUGGCUCGCAGCAACAAGGACAUCCGUGGUGUCGCUUUGGACGGCCACCUCAAGGAAGAUGACGUUAACCUGGCCAGCUCCACCAUGGUAUCUGAGGGCAAGUGCCCAGCUGAAGCCAUUGGUAUUGUGGUAUCUUACUCUGUGCGCGUCAAGCUGAACUGCGGAACCCUUGGUGGCGAACUCGUCACUGAUGUGCCAUUCAAGCUUCUACACCCAGCUGAGGGUUCCGUUGAGCGCCAGCGAUUCAACGCAAUGAAGAAGAUGCAGUCCAUUGAGCGACACCGCUACGAGAACUCGCUGUACACCAACGAAGAAGAUGACAACAUUGUCUUCGAGGACUUUGCUCGCCUCAGGAUGAAUGAACCAGAAUAAACCAUUUGGACACCGCAAAAACAAAAAAAAAAUUGAAAAAAAAUAUGUAAAACUACAAAAAAAGUAAUCAAGCAAGUUAAACCUAGUACCACGAACCUAUGCUUACCCAUUUGCUUUGUUGGAGUUAUAUCAUUAUCAUUCAUUAUAAUUGAUUUAGAAUUUGAAAUCAUUAUUUGUGAAAAAUUAAUUAACAAAAUUAUAUUAUUAUUAUUAUCAGUUAUACGGAUAGUGUGAGAUUUAUUCCUGAGAAUAUUAAAUAAUUAAUUAAAGAAACAAACAAAGUUUUAGACAAAUCGUCCAGAAAAUCAGAAACAAAAUUAUUUACUAAUCCAGUUUACUUAUAACUUACUUUAUCCGCGUAAGCUUAUAGUAAAAUUAAUAAAGAGCUAUCACCAGAA